GGCUGCUGGACUGAGAUGACUGUGUUGGGAAUAUAUCUUGUAAGUGGCUGGAUGGACAAAGCAAAAGCAUUCAGAGGGAAGGUCCUUUUCCUCUUCAUUGCUACCAUCAUCUUCAUCUUUUUCAUCACUGUGAGAACACCCAGGACGUACAGGUCCAUCCCAAGGCCACAUGGGCCUCUGAACACUUGCCCCUCCCGGGUCUCUGAGCAGACCAUCACCCCCCUCAACAAUACCAAGCACUUACUGGUGUCAGCCUACAUGGACCAGAGAGUGAAUGGCUUCGAUAUACGCAUCAUUGGCAUAUUUAGGAGAGACUCCAUCCAGCCCCUUUACUGUUUUUUCUGCUGUGCUGGCCAGUUGUCAACUACAACUCCAACAACAAUUUUACAACAUUCAGACAACUUUGGCUUUCCCUUCGUCACUACAGAUGUCAUGUGUCAGAUUCCUCAAAACUGCAGUGCUACACAUGUCACUCUUCUGACUCAGCCAGAUAAAGUGGGGUUUAACCAGAUUUGGCUUCCUAUUAGAAACCAGAAGACCAAUGAGAACCAGGAGAAAAACUUGCAGUUCAACUUCACAGUCUGCAUCUCCAACCUGUUUGGAGACCACAACAAUGUGCUUCAGUUUGCACAGACACUGGAGAUGUACAGGCUGCACUCCCUACCCAUGCACGCACAUCCCCUCAUCCCUACAUCCAUUCCUCUUCACUUCCUUCGGCUGCUACCAACACAGCCAUCCCAUAACCCGGGCUUCCACAUACCACCCGGCUUACCCGCGUCCACCAGCCCCUUCACGCUGGCUUCUGCUAACCCCCCAUUUCACCUCCCCUCGGCCAGGCGCCCCUCACUGGUCUCACCUUCACUCAAAGGCAAUCGAUCCUAUCAGGUGCUUACACUGACCUCGCUCUCCUAUUCCUGCCAUCCACAGGUCCUGCCGCCGGGCCGAGGGAGCUCUGUUCACCGCAAGGAUUAG